AAAUGUCACCAACCCCUCAAAAAGAAAAAGAAAAACAGCUGGAAAGAGUAGCUACUACAAAAAAGAGGAAAGAGUAGCUCGACGGAGCAACCCAAUCCAUGGCGACGGCGGCGUGUUCUCUCCCUCACCGGUGUCUGCUCCCGCUCCACCUGGCCCUCCUCGCUUUCCUGCUGUCGGCGGCCCCGGCGGCCGAGGCGUGGACGGGGGAGAUCCGCGGCCGCGUCGUCUGCGACGUCUGCGCCGACUCUGCCAUCGGCUCCGAGGACCACGCCCUCGAAGGCGCGGAGGUUGCUGUUCUGUGCAUUACGAAAUCUGGCGAGGUCAUCAACUAUCAGGCAUUCACAAACUCCGAGGGCAUCUACAGUGUUGCGGAGACGAUGCCGGAGAGCGACCGAUGGGACUCGUGCCUGGCGAGGCCCAUCAGCAGCUUCCACCACCAUUGCACCAGGAGGGGCGAUGCACACUCUGGGGUCAAGUUCACAUACAACAAACAGUCAGGGAACUCGCACAACGUCAAGGCAUUCCUGUACAAGCCUGCCAAUGUUCCGCUGUACUGUAGCUGAAAUGUGUAGGAUGGGUUCAUGCCCGGGCCUGAUAUAUAAGUAAACAUGUUGUAAGAUCUGAAAGGGAAGGUGUUGGUCGGUCCCUAUGCUUGUAAUGGUCUGCGCAUCUAGAAUGUCAGUCGUUUGAAGGGAUCUGAUGUCGAAUGCCUACUUGUUGUAAAUCAUUAUAUGUUUUUGAGCCAUAUAAAUAUAAUAGAUAUGUGUAAAGAGUUGAAUAA